GCUGUCACUAUCACUUCCGUUUUCGGUGAGGUUGAGUUCGCAUUUAUUCGUGUGGCUAGCUUGUGUGUUCUGUGAGAAGAAAAAAAAAAGAAAAGAAAACGCAGGAGAAUAGUAUUCAAAAAGCUAGUGAACUAGAAAUCCACAAUCAAUAAUCUUUAGUAAACGCAAAUUUUGCUAAAGAAAAUAUAUAGAUAAUAUGGUUGGAUCCAGGGUAUAUGUUGGCGGUCUGCCGUAUGGUGUGCGUGAGCGCGACUUGGAGCGUUUUUUCAAAGGCUACGGCCGCACUCGCGAUAUACUCAUCAAGAAUGGCUAUGGCUUUGUGGAAUUUGAAGACUAUCGUGAUGCAGAUGAUGCCGUCUACGAAUUAAAUGGAAAAGAACUUCUCGGAGAGCGGGUGGUUGUGGAACCAGCUAGGGGAACAGCUCGUGGCAGUAAUCGUGACCGAUACGAUGAUCGCUAUGGAAAUCGCCGAGGAGGAGGCGGGCGAUACAAUGAUAAAAACAAAAAUUCCAGAUCAUCCUCUCGCUAUGGGCCACCUUUGCGUACCGAAUAUCGUUUGAUUGUUGAGAAUUUGUCCAGUCGUGUUAGCUGGCAGGAUCUUAAAGAUUAUAUGCGUCAGGCUGGCGAGGUUACCUAUGCUGAUGCCCACAAGCAACGCCGCAAUGAAGGUGUGGUGGAAUUCGCUUCAUUGUCGGACAUGAAGACGGCUAUUGAGAAGUUAGAUGACACCGAGCUUAAUGGACGCCGUAUUCAUUUGGUUGAAGAUCGCCGUGGAGGACGCAGUGGUGGCGGUGGUGGUGGCGGCGGCGGCGGCGGUGGUGGCGGUGGCCGUGGACGAUCUCGUUCAUCCAGCUCUCGUUCACGCUCUCGCUCCCGCAGGCGUUCUCGUUCGCGUCGCUCCUCGCACUCGCGUUCCAAGUCCCGCAGCCGCUCCAAAUCUCGCGGUGGACGCUCCAAGUCCAAGUCACCAGUCAAAUCUCGUUCACGCUCGCGUUCUCGCUCAAACAAAUCACGCGAUGUAUCCAAAUCGAAGUCAAAGUCCCAUUCACGCACUCGUUCCCGUUCACCAAAGCGCGAACGUGACUCACGCUCCCGCUCACGCUCCAACUCGAAGCGUGAGUCGCGUUCUCGUUCACGUUCCAAGUCAAAUCGCCGUGACUCUCGUUCGCGCGAUCGUUCCGCCUCUGUUGACAACAAGUCGCGUUCCCGUUCUCGCUCACGUUCGGCUUCACCCAAAAAUGGAAAUGCUUCACCGGAUCGCAACAACGAGAGUAUGGACGAUUAGAUUAUAUAGUUAGCUGUCCCCAUUAAUUUUAAACAAAAAACAAAAACAAAAAAAAAAAAAACACAUUUGGAUUUAGAUAUCUACUUACUACAAAACUUUAUUCUACAAAAUCAGACACCUUAUUUUAUUAUCGAGAGAAUCACCAAAACAAAAAAUGAGAAAUCCUCCACUACCAAAACACAACGUCAACAUUUUUUUUAAUAUUUAAAAAUUAUGUUUUAAGAAUUCACUCGACAAUGUACACGUAGACCAACAAUACCCCGAUUGGGUGAAUAAUGCUAUAUAGUAACAACAUGUAUAUAUUAUCGAGUCUUUUCUUCAUAAUAUAUAGGUUCCCAAAAGGAUAAAUAAUUAAAUCAAAAAAGCCAUGAAAUUGUAAUUUUGAAACAUUUGUAAACCACCUAGAAAAGCACUACAUACAUACAUGUUGUCUAUACAAAUAAUAAACAAACAAAAAACAAAAUAACAAUGUCAAUAAAUAACAGAUGAAUUUCAA